AGUCAACAGCGUCAAUAUAGAGAAUGACGGAGCCACUAGUAAGACAGACAACAGAGUUGAUAUCAACGGAAAGGAUAGUGACACAAAAGCUAGCAAGGGAAAUGCUAAAAGCAAUUGUAAGGCUCCAGAAAUGAAAGCUGAGAUGAAAUAUGAGAAGGGGAGUGGCCAUGAGUAUAGCAAGGAGGGAAUUAUCAAAAAGGAUCCAGUAAAGGAGAACAGUGUGAGCGUUGAUGAUGGGGAUGGUUGUGAGGGGGACAGCAAGGUAGGCAAUAAGAAUAAAAAGAAAAGAAAUAGAAGAAAAAAGCGUAAGAAUGUCAACAGUGUCAAUAUAGAGAAUGACGGAGCCACUUGUAAGACAGACGACAGAGUUGACAUCAACAGAAAGGAUAGUGACACAAAGGCUAGCAAGGGAAAUGCUAAAAGCAAUUGUAAGGCUCCAGAAAUGAAUGCUGAGAUGAAGUAUGAGAAGGGGAGUGGCCAUGAGUAUAGCAAGGAGGGAAUUAUCAAAAAGGAUCCAGUAAAGGAGAACAGUGUGAGCGUUGAUGAUGAGAAUGGUUGUGAGGUGGACAGCAAGGUAGGCAAUAAGAAUAAAAAGAAAAGAAAUAGAAGAAAAAAGCGUAAGAAUGUCAACAGUGUCAAUAUAGAGAAUGACGGAGCCACUUGUAAGACAGACGAAAGAGUUGACAUCAACGGAAAGGAUAGUGACACAAAGGCUAGCAAGGGAAAUGCUAAAAGCAAUUGUAAGGCUCCAGAAAUGAAUGCUGAGAUGAAGUAUGAGAAAGGGAGUGGCCAUGAGUAUAGCAAGGAGGGAAUUAUCAGAAAGGAUCCAGUAACGGAGAACAGUGUGAGCGUUGAUGAUGGGGAUGGUUGUGAUCCAGUAAAGGAGAACAGUGUGAGCGUAGAUGAUGAGGAUGGUUGUGAGGUGGACAGCAAGGUAGGCAAUAAGACUAAAAAGAAAAGAAAUAGAAGAAAAAAGCGUAAGAAUGUCAACAGUGUCAAUAUAGAGAAUGACGGAGCCACUUGUAAGACAGACGACAGAGUUGACAUCAACAGAAAGGAUAGUGACAGAAAGGCUAGCAAGGGAAACGCUGGAAAUAUGGACUAUAAGGGCAAAGAUGGUGGAAUAGACAGUAAGAAGAAAGUGAGCAAGAAGAGGAAGAGUAAGAAAAAGAGAGUCAAGGUGAAGAGCAAAGAGGAUAUUGCUGAAAAAUGUGAUUACUGUGGAAAGUUAGAUGAACAUUUAAUCAAAUGUGUCAAAUGCAAAAUUGCAAAAUAUUUCUCAAUAUUUUGGUCUCCUCACAAGGAAUCCUGUAAAUCUUCUAGCAACUCAAAUGAUUCACAUCUAACAGGCAGAGCUGAAAAAUGUGAUUACUGUGGAAAGUUAGAUGAACAUUUAAAGAAAUGUGCCAAAUGCAAAAUUGCAAAAUAUUGCUCAAAAUCUUGUCAAAUAUCUGCAUGGCCUCUUCACAAGAAAUCCUGUAAAUCUUCUAGCAACUCAAAUGAUUCACAUCUAACAGGCAGAGCUGAAAAAUGUGAUAACUGUGGAAAGUUAGAUGAACAUUUAAUGAACUGUGUCAAAUGCAAAAUUACAAAAUAUUGCUCAUUAACUUGUCAAAUAUCAGCAUGGCCUCUUCACAAGAAAUCCUGUAAACCUCCUAGCAACUCAAAUGAUUCACAUCUAACAGGCAGAGAUUAUUUCACCAGUGGUAUAAUAGCAAUUUGCGGUUAUUCAAUAAAAAUACGUAAAUGAAAACCAACAACUGAAUAGAAGAGAAAACACUCUUCUUAUUGCUAGGAUUUUACAAGAAUCAGAUCUCAGCUGCAGGAAAAAUUAUAUCAUCACAGAGAGUAGAUUUCUUUUAUUUUAUUGAAUUGUAUAGUUUUAUUCAAUUUUAUUCAAUUUGUAUAAUUUUAAUUCUAUAAAAAAGAUCUAUCUCUUUCUCCCUGUCUAUUUCAUUUCAAUUUUUUCUUCUCUAUCAUCUCCACUCAUUCAUUUUCUCUGCUGGUGGCACGUAAAAAGCACCAACCAAUUGUGGCCGUUGCCAGCCUACCCUGGCACCUAAAAAGCA